CCGGGGACACGCAGCCAGAGCCGCGCUCCCAGCCCCGGAUUUACAGACCCGGCCCCGCGCGCGCAGCCACCGGCCCGGGGCCGCCGGGGCCCCCGCAGCCGGGCCGAGCCGAGCCGAGCCGAGCCGCCGCUUCCUGCCGGGAGAGCGGGGCGGAGAGCCGGGGGGCAGGCGAGGAGCAGCCCCGCCGAGGAGGGAUCCAAGUGGAGGAAGAGGAGGGGCGUGAAGCAGCCUCGCCCUGCCCCCCCACCCUGGUGUCACCUACAACUGGUGUCUCCCACUGGGAUCGGCGCCCCUCCCCCCCCCGACCCCCGGGGGAUGGUCUCCGCCAGCGGGCGCUGAGCCGGGCGCCAUGGGGAGCGCGCCAUAGACACCCCCCGGCGCCCCGCGUCUGCCGUGGCGGCCGCGGUGCAGAGCACCUGGGGGCGGAGCCCACCUUGGUCUCUCCUGAGCGCUCCUGGAUGGAAUUGCGGUGAAUGGAACAGAAGCCCAGCACCCUGGACUGCCUGUCGGAGCCAGAGGAAACCCGGUGGCUGGAUGGGAAACGCAAAAGAAAGAGCAGCCAAUGUUCGGUGAAGAGCAGCAUGUCAGGGUACAUCCCUAGUUACCUGGACAAAGAUGAACAAUGCGUCGUGUGCGGUGACAAGGCGACUGGCUACCACUACCGCUGCAUCACCUGCGAGGGCUGCAAGGGCUUUUUCCGACGGACCAUCCAGAAGAACCUGCACCCGACCUACUCCUGCAAGUACGAUGGCAGCUGUGUCAUCGACAAGAUCACCCGCAACCAAUGCCAGCUCUGCCGCUUCAAGAAGUGCAUCGCCGUGGGCAUGGCCAUGGACUUGGUGCUGGACGACUCCAAGCGGGUGGCCAAGCGGAAGCUGAUCGAGGAGAACCGGGAGCGGCGGCGCAAGGAGGAGAUGAUCAAGACCCUGCAGCACCGCCCGGAGCCCAGCGCCGAGGAGUGGGAGCUGAUCCACGUGGUGACGGAGGCGCAUCGCAGCACCAACGCCCAGGGCAGCCACUGGAAACAGAAGCGGAAAUUCCUGCCCGAGGACAUCGGCCAGUCGCCUAUGGCCUCCAUGCCUGAUGGGGACAAGGUUGACCUGGAGGCGUUCAGCGAGUUUACAAAAAUCAUUACCCCAGCCAUCACCCGCGUGGUGGACUUUGCCAAAAAACUGCCCAUGUUUUCAGAGCUGCCUUGCGAGGACCAGAUCAUCCUGCUGAAGGGCUGCUGCAUGGAGAUCAUGUCGCUGCGGGCGGCCGUGCGCUACGACCCCGAGAGCGAGACGCUGACACUGAGCGGCGAGAUGGCCGUCAAGCGGGAGCAGCUGAAGAACGGCGGGCUGGGCGUGGUGUCCGACGCCAUCUUCGACCUGGGCAAGUCGCUCUCCGCCUUCAACCUGGACGACACGGAGGUGGCCCUGCUCCAGGCCGUGCUGCUCAUGUCCUCAGACCGCACCGGGCUGUUGCGGGUGGAGAAGAUCGAGAAGUGCCAGGAGACCUUCCUGCUGGCGUUCGAACACUACAUCAACUAUCGCAAACACAACAUUCCCCACUUCUGGCCCAAGCUGCUGAUGAAGGUGACCGACCUGCGCAUGAUCGGAGCCUGCCACGCCAGCCGCUUCCUGCACAUGAAGGUGGAGUGCCCCACCGAGCUGUUCCCACCCCUCUUCCUCGAGGUCUUUGAGGAUCAGGAAGUCUAGGGCGGGGGGGAGGGGAGGGGGCCAGGGGGCGGGGCCAGGACUCGGGCGAGAGCCCCGCCCCCAGCCCCUCCUGGACACGUUUUACUUGGUUCUUUUUCGUUUUGGUUUGUUUUUCUAAAUAUUGCGCGUGGGUGUCAACCGGCAGUGCCGCCCCCGCCCCCCACCCCCGUGGAGGGGGUGGGACCAUGGGGGCGGGGCUGCUGUCGGGGUGGGGGGAGGGGCAAAACUUUUCAAAAACCACACAAAACUUGGGCUUGGCUUGGGGGGAGUUGGAUUUGGAGUAGCAGGGGAGGAUAAGUGGAACCUGGAUCUCCUUUCCUCUGAACCCCUCAGUUAUGGGGGUGUUGGGGGGAUGGAUACAUAGCCCUGAUUUCCACCCAACUGCAGGACGAACCCCCCCACACACAGUAUUCUCCGUCCCAUCACCUCCCUGGCACUGGGCUCAGCUGGCACCUCACGGCUCCCCCCAAAUAAACCUCUCUCGUUCCACGGACUUUAUGAAUUUUGUUUGUUUGCACAGGACAGUCCCAGACGUCAGAGCGUUUGUUUCCCUUAUUAUUUCCUUAGGUGAUUUUGUUUUUGUUCUUUUUAGCAUUUAUUCCCUCCCUGAGAGGCUAAAAUAUUAACUAACUGCACUUUGAGAAGAGAAAAGCUAUUAAAUUAUUAGCGGGGAGAACCUGGG